AUGUCGCAGCAGCGACCUCCCCCGCGGGCGCCAUGGAGUCGAUUCGCCACGGCCAGCAAGCAACCGCGGCAACCUCCGCUUUCCGCACGACCCGUAAACGUCACGCGGUGUCCCAUGACAUCACUCAAGAAGAAAACUCAGUCGGUGUGGCCUGCACCAUCCACGACGACGACGACAAGGAGAAAGUCUCCCUUUGAGUUGGCGUACGAGGAGUCACUGGCGCAGCUUGAACUGUUGCAGCAGAAACUGGAGCAACAGGCCCUUGUUUCUCUCCACUUGGAGCGUAACACUCUGGAGUACUACUAUACAAACACCAUUUGCUUUGAGGGCUACGACGGCGAGUCCGUUCCGCAGCAGAACAGCGGAUUUCAUCAUUACUAUUUCACUAGUGUUGUUUCCAUGGCGAGACGCGAGCGUCGGGAACGACGCGCACGUGAGGAGCGACAAUUGCAGGAGGAACGCCGCAGAGUGCAGCUGCUGGAAGACGAUGUUCGGGAGCGCAUUAUUAAUGGCGUCCUUGCGGAACAACGAGAUUUAGUGAGGAAGAGCGAGGAGGAAAACGCCGCGCUACAGCAGCACCUUGCACAAAAACUGGCGGAGGCGGAGACAUGUGGCAAACGAUUGCAGGAGCAUGAGCAGCGGCAGCGAGUGAUUCAACAGGAGCGCGUGGAGAGUGUACGGAGAACUAUGCAGUUAGAGGAGGGAAAACUGAAACAGAUGGAGAAUGUGGACGCCACGCGUCUGGUGCUUAGCAAAGAGCGCGAGGAGCUUGCAGCGGUGCAGGCGGAGUUGAAAAAGAGAGAGGCCGUUGUAAAUAAUUUGAGAGAAACGAUUGCACGACUUUCACGGAAGCGAAGGCAGCGUGAAUGA